AUGUCUUUCCUUGCCCGAUGCUGUGGCUUCGGCCGCAAACGAGGGGAAGACACUGAUCCAUUGCUGCCUCGCUAUGCAGACGACACAGCUCGCCAGCGUGCUCUCCAUCAGAAGCUGCACACGUAUCAGAUGCUGAGAGCCCUCUCAAAAGGCUACAUGCCCUCCACCGAGCAGACCAUUAUCAACCUGCGAACCCUCCUCGCUGCAGACAUACUCAAUCCAAACAACAAAGAGUUGAGCGAGUCAGGCCGAGCCCUUAUCCGGAAUUGUCGAACUUGGAUCAAGCUGUUCAUCGAAAUUUUGAAAAACAAAAACAAUCAAGACCAGAUUCAGGACUUCAUUUGGUACACGACAAAGUCUCGAAUCUCGCUGGAUAUCGAUGACAUUACUCAUUCAGCCUCCAAAGUCAAAGCCAGGGCAGAUACCCGUGCUGCUUAUGAAAGCUUCCGCACAAUCAGCAGCUUACUCCUAACCAAUGCUGAUUUUAGACUGUUUGUCAAUGAUGUUGCUACAAUCGGAAGGGAGGUUCUGGCAGAUACCGCGUUUUCUUUGUCUUCCGCAGCCGAGAAGGCUGGCAAACAACUCGAACUCUCUGAGCAGGAACAACAGACCGUAGCGAAACCUGGAGCCGACGAGGACACUUUACCGUCCAAGCAGGAACUGGAAGCGAACGCAGAAGAGACAUCCAAGGCGAUCGGCUCGGAAGUAGCAAAAGUUGGAAAAGAUGCGGUCAAGAGCGCCAAAGAGAACUUUUCGGGCUCUCAGAAAGAUACCCUGCUCUACCGUCUCAAGCAAGCCAUCCUUAGACUGAGAAGUCGGACCGACUACAACGACUCGGUGUCGACAAUCUCCAAAUUGAUUCAGCGCUAUGCUGUGGCGUAUUCCCGGAUCGCAGAUACCGCCAUCGCUGCGGCACAAGAAGAUAUCCACACCAACCCAGCCCUGGAUCGUGCCGUGCACAAUUUCUGGAGCUUUCUCAGCAGCUUUGGCGAUCCCAACGCAUGGGAGCAGUUGGAGCAGGACUUCAACAAGGUCAUGAGCCACGCAAAAUCAGACCCUCAAUUCGAGAACUUCAUGAUCGAAGUGGGUAACGCGGUGCAACGAAUGUUCACUGAUCCGGACUUCUUCGACAAUGUGGACCAGAAGCUCGACGAGCUCAAGGAGAAGUCGGCCAAGUUGGGCAACGAAUCCGAGUUCAGGACGGACUUCGACAAAAUGCUGAGGCAAGCACAGGUCACCAUAACCUCUGUGAUGGAAGACAAGGAAGUCAACGGGCUGUUUCUGGCUACGAAGCGGAUUUAUUCUAUCCUGUCGCCUCCAAACCAGGUCACUAAUCCUGACCUGAUUACUGACGCUAUCCACAUUUUCCUGCCUCUGCUCAUUCGGAGCGUUCAAUACAUCCCUAUCCCCCGGGUUGAAGUCAGUGUUCCGGAAAUGGACCUUCUUCUGGAAAAUCUCGUGCUUGAGCCCGGUCGAAACGUCAACUCGACCUCUUUCCUUCCCUAUCGUCUACUUGUCUCAACCAAGAACGACCUCGAAAUCCGCAAGACGCACUCUAAAAAGACGGUCUCCAGCACCAAGUCUAUCGUCACCAUCUCCAUCAACGGGCUGAGCGUCGCAGCUCAGGAUCUAGGCUUUUGGAUUCGCGGCCAUGCUGGUCUCAUUCACUUUGCCGAUGAAGGCAUUGCUAGCUUCUAUCUCGAUGAGCGUGGCAUUGACGUCUCUCUCGACCUGGAGAUUGGUCGCGAGAAACUUGAACAAAUUCUCACCCUGCGAGGUGUGAGAGUUCACAUUCACAAGCUUGAUUAUGACCUCCGCCAGUCAAAACUGUCUUGGCUAGGGUGGCUGUUCAAACCCUUACUAAAACACCUAGUUAGACGUUCCCUGGAGAAGGCACUUGCCGAGAACAUCGUCAAGGCUUUACGAGCCGCAAACCGUGAGCUUGUUUUUGCCCGAGAACGACUGCGUGCCACUCGCAUCGCUGAUCCACAAGAUGUCGUCACGUUCUUGAAAGCCGUCAUGGCGAGGUUGACGCCAGAAGAGGACCCGGAUCUAUACACGAGAGUGGGUGUGGAUGCUCCGAAGCAAGGGGUUUUCAGAGGGGUUUAUACACCAGGAAGUAUUGUCAAAUUGUGGCACGAGGAGGCCUUGCGGGCCGAAGAGGCUGUACAGGAUGGAGAAGAGACGGGUGGUGGCUGGAGGAACGACAUUUUCGAUACACCUGUUAUGUGA